AUGCUUCAUCAUGCCAAACUGGACAAGUGUUUCUGGGCCGAAGCAGCGAUGACGGCCAUCUACGUCAAGAAUCGACUGCCGUCACUUAAAGUCGUGCACAAGACCCCGUUUGAGAUCGUCUACAACUUGAGACCAAGCGUCAAGCACAUGCGAACAUUCGGCUGUCAGACAUUUAUACUGACUCCGAAGGAGAAGCGACUCAAGUGGGAUCCAAAGGCUCGCGCUGGCAUAUUCGUGGGCUACGAAGAAGUUUCGAAGACAUAUCGUGUUUAUGACAUCGAGGCGGGGCAGGUGGUUAUCAGCCGCGAUGUCAACUUCGACGAGUCCACCUUUGGACUUCAACUGCCGAUCACUGAUGAAGAUGUAGAUGACCUGGACUUCGAAUUGCUGGAUCUUGAUGACGAAGAGCUGCGUCAAAUGGAGUACAAGCAAACAGGCAAGCGCAAGAACCGACUCAAUGAUGAAGAUACAGCAGCUCCACGACCGCGUGCAGUGCGUCAACGACCAGGACUAGAAGAGUCAAGCGCGCCGGAAAACAACUCGUCACGCCAAGAAGAAGACGAAGAAACGAAGGAUUCUGGUGAUUCAACACCGCCUGUGUUUUGGCGUGCGAGUGCAAAUGCCGUUGAAGCAGCAGUGGACUUAUCAGAGCCCUCAACAUUUGAAGCAGCAGUAAGCGGCCCUGACCAAGUGCACUGGAGAAAAGCAAUUCAUGCAGAGCUCCAGUCGAUGCAACUUCGCGGAGUAUUUCGUGCGGUUGUACUGCCAAAAGGACAACGAGCUAUUGGAACCAAGUGGGUGUUCAAGAUCAAGCGAAAAGCGGACGCUUCAAUCGAGAAGUACAAGGCACGACUUGUGGCCAAGGGUUUCCGCCAAAAGUAUGGCAUCGACUACACGGAGACGUUUUCGCCUGUGGUCAACUUUAUGUUCCUGUAUGGCGUCAUGAAGGAACAAGUGUUCUGCGUGAUUCCUGAAGGCGUCGAACUUGACAGUACGUUCGACUGCCUGGAAUUGGUGAAGUCAAUUUACGGCCUCAAGCAAGCGUCGCGAGUGUGGAACGAGACGUUCGACGAGUAUGUGUGCUCCAUCGGAUUUCAAGUAUCGGACUUCGACCCAUGUCUCUACAUCAAGACUUCGGACGGCCAUUGCGUGUUUAUGCUGGUCUACGUGGACGACGUCUUGGUGACUGGAAGCUCGCUCGAGCUGAUUGCACAAACCAAGAACGACCUGAAGACGCGGUUCGAGAUGACGGACAGCGGCAAGUGUGCGUUUGUUCUUGGGAUCGAGCUUUUGGACGGUGAAGAUGGCAGUGUGACACUAUGUCAGCGCCGGUAUGUCGAUGAUAUCCUCAAGCGCUUUGGCAUGGAUGAUUGCAAGGCAGUCGCAAGUCCAGUCGACAUGAGCUCUCGACUUGUUUCAAGUGAUGCAACUACCAAGGUCGAUGCUCCUUUUCGCGAAGCUGUUGGUGCGUUGAUGCACCUGACCACUGCAACGCGUCCGGACAUUGCGUUUGCUGUGGGCUACGUGUCGCGGUUCAUGGAAAAUCCCCAAGAAGAACACUGGGUUGCAGUUAAGCGUAUCUUUCACUACCUACAAGGCACCAAGACGCAUGGAAUUUGCAACAAGCCAAGUGCAAGGAUCGACGUCCGUGGAUAUUCGGAUGCGGAUUGGGCUGAUGAUCUUACCGACCGCAAGUCAACAUCGGGGUACACGUUCAUGCUACUCGGUGCACCAGUGAGUUGGGGCAGCAAGAAGCAGCCAACUGUUUCGUUGUCCACGACUGAAGCUGAAUACAUCGCACUCAGCUUGGCGAUUCAAGAGGGCAAGUGGAUUCAUCGUCUGCUUUGUGAGAUCGUGAUGGCUGCCAAUGAAGAAGGACCGGAACUCAUGAUUCAUGAAGACAAUCAGUCAUGUAUCAAGAUGACGAAGAACCCAGUCAACCACGGCCGUGCCAAGCACAUUGAUAUCAAGUACCAUCACAUCCGUGAUGAGGUCAAGCGCGGUGAAGUGAAGCUCAAGUACUGUGAAACUGCGGUGAUGUUAGCGGACAUCAUGACGAAGGGACUUCAUGGACCACGCCACAAGGAGAUGACGACGGCUCUCGGGAUUCGUGAGCAUUCGGAUUGA